UCUACGCAGGCAUCUCAGUAGUAUUUGAGACACGGCCGCCAACUUCCUCUGGACAGUUAGUGAAGCUGUCAGUCUCUCAGAGCGGGUGAAGCGCAUCACUGCGAUGGAGUAGCCGGUGUGAAGAGACUUCAUUUUCUCGUCGUUGGAGAAACUUUGUGAACAAAGAAAGUACUUUUAGACUGGAUUGCGAUUGAAGAGGCCUCAAAAUGGGCUGUGUGGGGACUAAACCGGAGCAGGAUCCUAUUGGCAAAUCGAUGGGCAACGAUGACAACCGCAACCUGACAACACAUUACUCCAAAGACCCCACGACAGGGAGCAAGGACAGCAGAUCAGCUACCAAGACAGCGACUUCAGGGGCAGAAACUUCAGAGAACAUUGCCAUCGCUCUGUACGACUAUGAAGCUAUGCAUGAAGGUGACCUUGGCUUCAGGAAAGGAGACAGACUCAGAAUCCUUCAGGAGUCAGGUGAGUGGUGGAAAGCAGCGUCUAUCAGCACUGGUCAGGAGGGCUUCAUCCCCAGUAACUAUGUUGCCAAGGACACUCUGGAAACUGAAGAGUGGUUUUUUAAAGGUGUCAGCAGAAAGGAUGCAGAGAGACAGCUGUUGGCCUCUGGAAACAAAAUAGGGUCCUUUAUGAUCAGAGACAGUGAGACCACCAAGGGAAGCUACUCUCUGUCUGUCAGAGACUGCGACCCUCAAACAGGAGACGCUGUGAAGCACUAUAAGAUCCGCACACUGGAUAACGGCGGUUUCUACAUCUCUCCACGCAUCACCUUCAACACCCUGCAGGAUCUGGUCGCCCACUACAAAAAGCAGAGCGAUGGGUUGUGCCAAUCUCUCACCACUCCCUGUCUGAGUCCCAAACCUCAGAAACCUUGGGAGAAAGAUGCCUGGGAGAUCCCACGUGAGUCCCUAAAGCUGGAUAAACGUCUGGGAGCAGGCCAGUUUGGAGAGGUCUGGAUGGCGACAUACAACAAGCACACAAAAGUGGCAGUGAAGACUAUGAAGCCCGGCAGUAUGUCUGUGGAAGCUUUCCUCAUGGAGGCCAACCUAAUGAAAUCGCUCCAGCACGACAAACUGGUCCGCCUCAACGCUGUGGUCACCAAAGAAGAGCCCAUAUACAUCAUUACAGAGUACAUGGAGAAAGGCAGUUUACUGGACUUUAUUAAAAGCGAUGAAGGGAAUCGUGUCCAGCUGCCCAAACUGAUCGACUUCUCAGCGCAGAUAGCAGAAGGCAUGGCUUACAUCGAGCAGAGAAACUACAUUCACAGAGACCUUCGUGCUGCUAAUAUCCUGGUCAACAAGAGUUUAGUGUGUAAGAUCGCUGAUUUUGGACUGGCCCGUAUCAUAGAGGACAACGAAUACACUGCCCGAGAAGGUGCAAAGUUCCCUAUAAAGUGGACCGCUCCGGAGGCCAUAAACUAUGGGUCCUUCACCAUCAAGUCAGAUGUGUGGUCCUUUGGCAUUCUGCUCACUGAAAUCAUCAGCUACGGUCGCACGCCGUACCCAGGAAUGACGAAUCCGGAGGUGAUCCGUGCUCUGGAGAGAGGAUACCGCAUGCAGCGCCUGGACUCCUGCCCUCAAGAGCUGUACGACAUCAUGCUGGAGUGCUGGAAGAACAAGCCGGAGGACAGGCCCACCUUUGAGUACCUGCAGAGUGUACUGGAGGACUUUUACACGGCCACUGAGAGCCAGUAUCAGCAACAGCCUUGAGACACACACACACACACACACUUUGACAUGACUUCUUGCAUAAAUCCCUCGUCCUGGAACUCUCAAAGAAAUGUACACAUAUGUAACUUAUCCAUGCUAACCUGUUGACUUUAUACAUAUGUAGUGAAUCAAAUGUGAAAAGUUAUAGUGUGUUAUUUAAAUGACAUGUAAAUUAAUACAAUUUCAGAAUCUCAUUAUAGCAGUUUCAUUCUUUGCCUUACACUGAGUGUUGCACAACAGAAGCUAUAUCAAUUUAUCAUUUAAAUAUACAACCGUUUUUCUCAUUAACUUUUCUGAUUUAUUUGUAGAAACCUUACGUCAGAUGUAUUUUAAAACUAAUAUGUUUGUGUAAAUGAGAAUACACAUACAGAGCAUUAAACUAAAUUGUUGUGAUUGUAAAUGAGAAGAUUAAUUCUAAAACUUAAGCCUACAUUAGGUUUCAGGAAAUGUGUGGAAAUAUAUUAGUUCGGCUAUUGAAUCGAUUCUGAAUUAUUGCUCCAAACGUUUCAUAUAAAACAUCUAGGCCUAAGGUAGUUAUGAAUAUCUAUUUAGUUUUGAUUUUAAAGACUUUCAAGUUGUGUUAAAGGACUUUCUGUAUUGUGAUUGUAUGAAUUUGUAAAUUAUGCUUGAUUUUUGAGAUUUUAGGUUUAUUGGUACUUUUACAAGCCUGAAGCUAUUUAAUGUUUCAUAUGUCUUGCUUUCACAUCUUCAGUUUUGUUAAUAUUUGUGUGAACGUUUGUGCAAUAAUAGUAAAGGACAUGUGAGAUUCUUUUGUUUGAUUCUGGUUCCCUGCAGGCUUCAUUAACAUUAAUCUAUCUCGUGUAAGACAUGAUUCUGAUCAUGCAGGUGAUUUUCAGUUCUCCUUUCCCUGACGUCUUCUGCAGAGUCCCCUAUGAAGACACCCUUGCUAUUUUUGUAUAUGUUGUUACAAUUAGUCCACAAAACAAAUAAAUGUAUUUAAUUUUGAGUCUA